UUCAAUUGAACCGAAUAGAAAAAAGAAAAACAAUAAAUUGCUAAACCGAAGCGAAAGAAAAAAAUAUUAUAAACUGUAGUGCUAAAGUGUUCGGGAGCAAUCAGGCCAGGCCAAGUCAUGCCAGUCUGACGUUAGUUUUCUAACAUUUUGCGAAAGAGUGAGCGAGCUAGUGAGCCGAGCAUACUGGCAAAAGACAAAUCAGAGCAAAGGAGCAGCGAAAAAAAAAUUAAUUUAAUGAAAACACAGAUCGUGUGGUGGCAGCAGGCAGCAGACAGAAGCAGAUAGUGGUGAAGCAACAUUGCAAUAACAACAACAACAACGACUCAUCGUUCACAAGCAGGUGAAAUUGCUUGGCGACCAAGCAACUCCACGAACAAUAAACUGGGAAAGGGGAAAAACUAAAGCAAGAACAAAAAAAUUAAACUAGCACGAAUACUGGAAAAAGCAAAUAGGCACCAAAAAAAAAUCACGAAAUCACGAUAACAAAAGGUGGCAAACAAUAGCGGCGUUACCAGAGCCGCGUUCGUAUCGAUUAAACUACCAGCAACUCAUUCCCGCAGCACAAACAAGCGGCACACGCCCAGCGGAUACUGCACGACCGCUGAUUUUCUAGGACAGGGCGACUAGCGGCUACACAGCCGGGUAUUGCCUGGACUCAAGUGGUAGGUGGAGGUGCUGGCGUUAGUUUGAGCCAAAUAAAGGAAGAAGAGUUGAUUGCGGUUGAUGGUGGCAACUGGAUCACGUUUGAUUACAUGGUGUAAAUAACAAACAACACCAGUAGCGACAGGCAGCCAGUCAAUUAGAACGUGUGUGCGUGUGUGUGCGGGUCUAUGCACGUAAGGCUACGUGACAAGUCCUCAAAGUGAAUACGAAGUGUGUUAGACAAUUGAAAAAGGUGUGCGGUGUGGUGCACAUGCCGUUGCACGCGAUAUCCAGCUCCAGCUAAGCAACCUAGUUUCAGAGCAGCGCCUUGAGCUCGAACGCUUAAGCCGCCAAGAAGCCAACCCAUAGAUUUCCCAAAAAGAGUUAUAAUCGACUAACCAAGCAGACACACAAACCGCGACACAGCAGCCCCAUAGACUGGCAGACAGUCUAUCUGAGCGACGAACGACGAGUAAAAUGAAAGUGGACGCAGACCAACAGAAGCCGACAUCAAAGGCGUCGGCAGCAAUAGAUACAACCACAACCAGGCUAGCAGUGACUACGCAGGGAGUUGCUGCCGCAAGGGUGACCAGAACUAACCCACUUGGACUAGUUAAAAAGAAAUCUUGCACAACACUUCUUUGCGAAUUGACACGCCUCAAGUCGCAACAAAAGUACCUCGAAUGCAGUCAAGUUAAAUUGAAUCCAGCCAACUACGAGGAUCCAACGGCUAGCAAUGGUAGCGCCGCUGCAUUUCCACUGCCGCCGCUGGGAGGUGAAGCGGUGCAGUUGGUUAAUGAAAUUGAGUGCUUAAAAGUGCAAUUAGAUGAAGAUUUGAAGGUGUAUAGUGAGAAUUCGUAUCGUGAGGUAGAGGAAUUACGAGAUUUGGUAAGCGCCAUACGCGUGGAUGUUCAACAACCGGAACGAUUGAGCCAAUACACUUUGCCGGUGUUACGCGAACGCAUUAUCGCCAUAAAUACGCAGCUGAUGCAACUCUGCGAUAAAAAUCAGGCCGAAAUGGAGAAAUUGCGCGGCGAAUUCGAGCAGUUGGAGCGAAAUAAUGACAUACUUGUGAAAAUUUGAAUGCCACUUAAGUGUGCGCCUAAAAGAACUGGAAGUGGUUGAGACGAAGUGGGAGGAGAAUGCUGGAGAGGUUUAAUUCAUUAUUUAAC